UUCCGGUCUUCUAUCGCGCGUGUUUGGAAAGAUGGCGGCUCGCAGAGAAACCUCGUCACCCGGGACCAGCUUGGAGUCUUCUGUUAAACAAGUCCAGAUUGAAGGGCUGGUAGUGCUGAAGAUUAUUAAACACUACCAGGAGGAAGGCCAGGGCAGCGAGGUGGUGCAGGGAGUUCUCCUGGGCCUGGUGGUAGACGACCGGCUGGAGAUCACCAACUGCUUCCCGUUUCCUCAGCACACCGAGGACGAUGCUGAUUUUGAUGAAGUUCAGUAUCAGAUGGAGAUGAUGAGAAGUCUUCGUCACGUCAACAUCGACCAUCUGCACGUGGGUUGGUACCAGUCCACCGUCUUCGGCUCGUUCAUGAGCCGAGCCCUGUUGGACUCUCAGUUCAGCUACCAGCACGCCAUCGAGGAGUCUGUGGUGCUAAUCUACGAUCCUGUUAAGACAGCUCAGGGCUCGCUGUCCCUUAAGGCCUAUAGGCUGACCCCUAAACUGAUGGAGAUUUGCAAAGAAAAAGACUUUUCCUCUGAAAGUUUGAAGAAGGCCAAUAUGGGCUAUGAGAGCAUGUUCGAGGAAGUUCCUAUUGUCAUCAAGAACUCUCACCUCAUCAAUGUGCUGCUGUGGGAGCUGGAGGAGAAGUCAACUGUGGUGGAGAAGCAUGAGCUGCUCAGCCUUUCCAGCAGCUCUCAUCUCGAGAAAAGCCUGCAGAUGCUGAUGGACAGAGUGGACGACAUGUGCCAAGACAUCAGCAAGUACAACAACUACAGCCGGAGCCUGAGCAAACAGCAGCAGCAGAAACAUCAGUACGUCCAGAGGCGUCAACAGGAGAACGCUCAGAGGCAGAGUCGAGGUGAGCCUCCUCUUCCUGAAGAAGACAUCAGCAAGCUGUUCAAGCCUCCUCAGCCUCCUGCACGCAUGGAUUCCCUGCUUAUAGCUGGGCAAAUCAACACCUACUGCCAGACGGUGAAGGAGUUUACUUCUCAGAACCUGGGUAAGCUUUUCAUGGCCGAGGCUCUCCAGGGUCAGGGCAGCUAGAGGACAGCACACGCGAUGGUCCUCCCGAGGCGAAUCCUGUAAUUGGUUUAAAGUAAAUCUUUGGAAGGUUGGAAGAAGAAGAGAGAAUUUUUUACAAGGAUCUUUUUGCAUAAUGUACCCAGUAUGAAACUGUUGCAUGAAUAUUUGUAAUUGUUCAUUUAUGGAAAUAGAUACCAACAUUUAUGCAUAAGUAUGCAUUUUUUUUUUUAUUUAUAUAAAAUGUUUUAGUCACAUUAUGUAACUUGGACCAGAGAAGAGAAAAGCAGGAUAAACUCUCUUUAGGAUUUGUAACAGGAGAUUUGCCUAAAUUUGAUGAUUAAAUGGAUUGUGCCCAACCUUCAA